CGUACCUGCUGUCAUUUGUCACCGCCCACCAGCUCCGCUCCUUCCGUCCUGCGGGGCGCGUUGAUUGGCUCCCUGCGCUGCGCGUCGGGCUGCCGGGGGCUGGUCCUGACUGGGGACUUUAUUGCCCUGAAUGUUUGGUUUCAGUCAAACCCAAGUCUCCAAAUCGACUGAGCAGCAUCACCUGUUUGGUUUGGGGACGCGUUUAACCUGGAUUAUCUCCCGGUGGCUCCAGCUUUAGUUGGCUCAAGCCGACUUGGGUUCUGUUUUCAUCAACGGACCCAAAACCGCCCCCCUCCUUUCUCUCUCUUUCUGUCUGUAAUUGAGGAAGCGACAGCUGUUUUACUUUUCAAGGAUUUCAUUGCCAAACAUCUGGGCAACAAUGAGCAAAAACGGAAUUAUGACAGAAAUCCACACGAGGAUCAGGAAAGAGCCCUUCACCACCAACUACGAGCUGGUUGGGAAAGAACUGGGCAGGGGAAAGUUUGCAGUGGUGAAGAAGUGCCUGGAGAAGGCAACGGGAAAGCAGUACGCUGCCAAGUUCCUGCGAAAGAGACGAAAGGGAGCGGACUGCCGCAUGGACAUCUUGAAUGAGAUUGCUGUGCUGGAGUCGGCCAAGGCCAACCCUUAUGUGGUGGGACUGCAUGAGGUCUACGAAACCAGCUCCGAAAUCAUCCUCGUCCUGGAGUGCGCCGCCGGUGGUGAAAUCUUUGACCAGUGCGUGGCUGAUAACGACGAUGCCUUCACAGAGAAAGAUGUGAUCCGACUGGCCAAGCAGAUCCUGAACGGGGUGGCCUUCCUGCACCGAAACAAUGUGGUCCAUCUGGAUCUAAAACCUCAGAACCUUCUGCUGACCAGCGCCCGACCUCUGGGCGACAUCCGGAUCGUUGACUUUGGCUUGUCCAGACGCAUGGACAGCGUCACAGAAGUCCGGGAGAUCCUGGGUACCCCAGAGUACGUGGCACCAGAAAUCCUGAACUAUGAGCCCAUCAGCACUGCUACAGACAUGUGGAGCAUCGGGGUACUGAUCUACGUCAUGCUGACGGGCGAGUCGCCCUUUCUGGGUGACAACACUCAGGAGACGUACCUCAACAUCUCCCAAGUCAGCGUAGACUACUCGCAGGACACAUUUGAAGGCAUCUCCUCCCUGGCUGUUGACUUUAUCAAGUCUCUGUUGGUGAAAAACCCCAGGAAGAGAGCCACGGCAGAGGAAUGCCUCAGUCACUCCUGGCUGAACCCCCACCCGCACCCGCACCUCCACAUGAGGUCCUCGCUGGACGAGCCCGAGAUGAGCCAAUCCGAGUCGGAACCCGAGAGCCCCGCUCCGUCCCCCGAGCUGGGCCUGAUCGGGACGUACCUCAUGUGCCCGGGGCAGGGCGAGCUGAAGGCGGGCCGCGACGCCUUCUCGUUCGGCGAGCCCCCGUUCCCCACGCGGCCCGAGAUCCAGCAGGAGCUGAUCUGUUGACCUCCCACCCCCCGCCCCGCCCACACGUCGCAGGGACUAGAGACUCGACGAAGUCAAAACURAACGGAGCGGAUGCCGAGAGCCGGCAGGGUUCUCGGGUCUCGUUCUGAACCAGGAUCGGGCCCUGUGGCUGCUUUCUGCCAGGCUGCCUUUACUGCUGAGCUGUUUGCAGUUUGAUCCCUCUGUGCCGCCACUCUGUGCUGAUUGAAAUAUUUGCACGGGUGAAGAAUGAGGGAGGAAUUUAAAAAGAGGAGUGGGUGGGGGGGGGAGAUGAUGCGUAAAGACUUUGCUGCACGACUGCACUGCAACAGAAGUGAAUCGGGUUCAGUUCCCUCCUGCACUGGUGUCUUCUCACCCAUUUAGCCUGCUUGAACUGGGUUUCAAAGUAGAAAUAGUCGUAAUUUCUUGAGAAAAUACGACUUCACUUGUUAAAUAACCUGUACAUACUUUCUGUGAUUCAGUAAGAUGGUUCCGUUUGAAGGAAGAAAUGACGACAGAGGGUAGCGCCGAUGCUGAAGCCAGACGUGAAAAGUUUCACUGUUUUAUGUUUAUUUAUGUGUCGUAUCAUCUCUGCCACUUCAUGUUUAAAGUCACACAUGCCUUAGUUUAAGGUUGACAAAAGUAGCAUUCUUAUUUUAUGUUUUAAGGACAAUCUUGAGCACUUUGGACGUAGUUAUUGUCUGUUUAAUAGUUAAAAAGUAAAGAAUCAUGAAGCGUAGUACUGUAGAACUGUCCUCCAUCAUCCAAACAGCAUUUAUCUCAUUAUGUGCUACUUUAUUCUUCAACCUCAUCUCUGUGUUUAAUAUUACAAACUUUUGGUUUUGGUUGGCUAUUGCACAAGUUGCACAAAAUGUUUUUUUUUAACUUAACUGCAAGGUUGCCUCUAGAUUCUUAUGAUCUUCAAACACAAACCGCCCCCAUAUCGAGAGGAGGAAACUGGGAGGCAGUUUUCUUGUAAUGCCUGCCUUCAGAUGUUCGGGAGCAGAGAAAUUGGGAAGAAAAGUACUGAAAUGUAAAUUGCAAGUUCAUAUUGAGGGUAAUCUGUAAAGAUGACUUUUUUUUUUACCAGUGUGUUGAUGUUCAGAUCAACACAUGAUGUCUAUUUUUUUUUUUUUUUUUUUUUUUUUUUUUUUGUACGUUAACUUUUACUUAUUCCUGUUGGAUUCUGCUCUUGAAUUUCAGGAAGGUUUGCACUUGUCCUUGUGGACAUCAUGUUAAAAUAAAUGUUUGUUUAUGGAAUGCAUUGCAAAAUGUAACUAAGAAAAAUACACGUGCUUUUCUAUCAAACA